UUUGUUUCCAGCUUUUGUCCUCACCCAACAUAAACACGGAAUUAAAUUACUUGUUCACCGUCAUCAUCCUUCUUAGAUCCAAUCUUCAACUAUCAACUCCGUUCAAUUCCGUUUCAAAUGGCCACUGAAGAGCCCGUUGUCGCUGUCGAGUCCGCUCCUGAGCCAGCCUCCGAACCGGCUGACGAGAAACCGGCUACCAAACCCUCUAAAGCAAAGGCUGCUAAAGAAGCCAAAGCUAAGAAGCCAUCUGCUGCUAGGAAGCGUAGAAGCCCUCCCUCUCACCCUCCUUAUGAAGAGAUGAUCAAGGACGCAAUUGUUACUUUGAAAGAAAAGACUGGUUCCAGUCAGUAUGCGAUUACGAAGUUUAUUGAGGAGAAGCAAAAACAAUUGCCGCCGAACUUUAAGAAGCUUUUGCUUUUUCAUUUGAAGAAGCUUGUGGCUUCUGGAAAGCUCGCGAAGGUGAAAAGCUCGUUUAAGCUGCCAUCAGCUAGGGCGGCAGCUCAUAAACCUGCUCCGGCUCCUGCUCCAGCAAAGAAGAAGCCUGCUCCUGCAGCAAAAACCAAGGCUAAAACUCCUGCUGCCAAGCCGAAGGAAACUAAGACUACAAAGGCAGUGGCUAAAGCUCCGGCUAAGGCUAAGCCGGCUGCUAAGCCGAAAGCAAAACCGGCUGCCAAGACCAAGGCGGUGACUGCUAAAGCAAAGGCUGCUCCUGCUAAAGCUAAGCCUGCCGCCAAGCCAAAAUCUGUGGCUGCAGCUAAGCCAAAGGCGGCACCAAAGCCAAAGCCAAAGCCUGCUAAGGCUUCGAGAACCUCUACAAGGAGCUCUCCAGGGAAGAAGGCGGCUGCUGUUCCCAAAUCGGCUCCAAAGAAAGCUGCGGCUCCGAAGAAGGCGCCGGCUAAGAGUGUGAAGCGGAAGAGCGUAAAAUCACCGGCGAAGACGAAAGUUUCUGCAGGGAAGGGAAGGAAGUGAGGAGAGAGAAUACGGUAGUGUUUGUAGGGAUAGUUUUGUAAAUUAGUGCUAUGGUUGUGUAACAUCCAUGAAAACAUGACAUCGGACUUUUGUUUCUUUUGCUUUGCUAAUUUUUAUAUGUUUAUUUUAUUAAAAUUCCCUAGGAUUUAUAACAGUUUUAAGAUGUAAUGUUCAGUUGAAUGAUUGUGAGAUUAGUGCUAGAGUUUAUGUAAUGGCUUUACUUGAUAUAUAUAUAUAUUUCAAUUCUCUCUUGAA